CAGCGUUGUUGUGCAUCUUAAGCAGUUUAUUCUGUAUUGAAAACGUUAAGUAUUUGACACAGUUUGUAAUAGUUAAUGGAUACGAGCGUGAGUUACAAACAGUUUACAUUAUACUUACAUGAACGGAUUAACAUAAUACUUGAGUAUGUUUUAGUAGAAUUUGAGAAGUACAGUUUUUUAUUAUAUUUAUAUUUUGUUACACGUUGACAAAAGGACUGAAAAUAAAGUUCCGUAUUGAUAUGCAAGAUUUUCCAAUUACUUCGUGUAGUUAGUAGAUGCACGCUUAAUCUGUGUAAUCUGAUCGACUUUCUUAUCAGUGAGCACGUACACAGGUUCAAUUUAUAAGCAGCUCAUAAUCGGUAUUGUCUUCGCGUAUUCCUGACUGAAAUGGAUGACAAAGAAUUUGCCGGUUACCUUGGCAACAUUUUCCAGAAUGGUUUGGUUAUGGUGUCAGUUGGUCUUGGAUACGAGCUAGGGUUCUUCAAAAUUCUCACGGCGGCUACUGAACCAUUCAGCGCGGAGGAGCUUGCUUCAAAACUGAAUUUUAAAGAAAGGUACACUCGAGAAUGGUUGUCGUGUAUGGUGGCAGCCAAGAUAAUCCACCAGAACAAAGAGACGAGACUGUACACUGUCCCAGAGGAACACAAACCCGCGUUACGUAUGAGUACCGGGUUUGCGCCAAUUAUAUUCAACUUUGGUGUUAGGGCAGAGCGCCUGAAACAAUGCUUUCAAAAAGAUGGCCCCUUCGGAUUUGACUUUGAUACUGAAUGGUUCGGGUGGUUUAAUAAUUACCGAGAGGGCAUGGCUGAAAACAAUGUGACGUCAGAGAUUCUUCCGUUGUGGGAGAAACAGUCGGGUCUAAUAGAGAAACUAGAAAAGGGUAUCAGAGUUCUGGAUGUUGGUUGCGGAACUGGGAAUUUCAUCAAAAUCUUGGCCAAGAAGUUCCCAAACUCAUCCUUCACCGGUUUGGAUUACUGUGCUGGCGCCAUAGACAUGGCCAACAAGUACAAGGCCGAGAUGGGAUUACAGAACCUUACCCUCGUACAGGGCGAUGCGCACAAUCUUCCCAAAGAGUUUAAUGACACGUUCGACAUGGUGUUCAUGUACGACACACUUCAUGAUUUGCCAAGACCGCAUCAAGCACUCCAAGAAGUUUACAACGUCCUCAAGAAUGAUGGGUUCUUAAGCCUCAUAGAGGUACGUGCCCGUAGCGAUCCGGUGGAUAACGCUGGGGACAUGGUCGUUGCUAUGUACUAUGCAGCCAGCAUGUUCAUUUGCCUGGCAAACAGUAUGACAGCGGAGCCUCAUAUUGGCUAUGGGGCAUGUUGGGGUGUUGAAGAGAUUCAGAAAGCAGUUGAGGAAAGUAAGUUCAAAAUUGUCGCCACGAUUCCAUCUGGACCAAAAGUAUUUUUUGUCUGCACCAAGUAAAACAUUAUCGUAUUGACUGUUUUCGGUCCUAUGAUGCGAUUGUUUCAAAGUUUUGCGAAAGUUGCGAAGUAACAUUUAUAUUUGCGUCUAUAUGGCUACAUUCGGCACAUGUCCGGUUCACUUCGUUUUCCAGCAAAAUGAUGUUUUGAAUUGAACAUAGUCAGAUUAUAUGUGUAUUUAGUGCUGUAUUAAUCGAUAACUGCUAAACAAUUGGAAUAAUUGUAGUGGAACCUAAAAUAUGAGGAAAUAAAGCAUUAUCAUUAAAAUAUAUCGGAAAUAAAUCGUUAUCAAUAAUAACAUUUGUUCUGCGUAACAUUCUGUUGUAAAUAUAAAACUGUACAAAAUAUAAUUAACGUAAUAGUUGUAGUAACCGCUUGAAAACGCUUCAUCACAUAACACUUUUUAAUACCUUAUUAAUGUGUAUUUUCGCGAGCAAUAUUUGCAUUGUUAUUUUUAGUGUAGUGUGUGUGUGUGAAUGUAUGUUUUCAUUGUUAUGGUUUAUGGAGAAUUGAUGAUUCCACUCAUAGAAAACAUAAACUUUACGUUAAAGCGGAAUGAUGGCAAAGUAAUCAGUCGAUCGUCAGAGUGUUGAUAGUGUUGACUUAUAUACGUCCUUGUGAUAAGUUACACAUCAUACUACGCUUAAGAACAAUACCUGGUAGGCUGAUUUUUAUUCUUUUUUACUUUCGCAUUGAUCGAUAAAUCAUUGUUCAUAUUUUAGAAUAUGUACGUUUUUUAUAUUCAUAAACUAGUAUUACAUAAAGAAAAUUAAAGCAACCAUGGGCUUUAUAAUUUCAACGCGUAAAACGGUAAUUUUGUAUUAAAAUAUAGUGUUGGUAUCGUUCUCAAUCGUAUUAUUUAUAUUAAUUAUAUUUUACUCAUAUGAUAUAUAUGUAAACAUGUUUGAUGUUGACAUACCUCUUUAUUGUUUACAACCUAGCUUAUUGUUGAACUUAUAUAUAAAAUCAGCAAUUUUUUUAACAAUACCAACCACAAAUUGUAAGGUUAAUCAAGUGCAAAAUGUGCAUACCUCCAUAAAAGUUCAUACUUCUGUGAAAUUGUAUACAUUUAUUUUCAAACUGUAUGAGCAAUUUUAUAUAUUCUCUUUUAUAUGUUUAACAUUAAACACACACACAAUAAUUCAUUGUUUUAAACUGCACGCGAAUAAUUUUAUUAUCAGGAUUGAUUUUUGCACAGCCAGUAUAAAAAAAUAUUGCUUGCGAGAAUGCACUGUUUAUAGUUGUUGCUGUAAAAAGCAUAUUUUCGUAUUUUCAUACGCGACAUGGAUUUGUGAGUUAUUGUUCUUCAUGUGAUUCCGCAUUGUUUAUUGAGAAAAUAUAUUCGAAAAAUUAA